GAAAUAUUCAACGAAUUCAUUGUUGGAGAUUCGAACGUUUCCUCCCUUCCCGCAUAUCUCAACGUCAAUCUUCCGCCGCAAUCAUGGCACCUAUUUCACUAUCAGAUAUCAUCUCUGCGCUCCCAUCAGAGGACUCAUGGGGACCAUCCACCACAUCAGAAACCACAUUAAAUGGGGUUCCUUACGCCCCAUACUCUAAAGGCGAUAAAUUAGGUCGCAUGGCAGAUUGGACCGCUGAAGGAAAAGAUGGAAGAGAUGGCAGAGGUGGAAGACAGCAAUAUAACCGAAACUACAGAGAUCAACAAGUUUACGGCGCUGGAACUUCCUCAUUAUUCGCAGUUCAACUCGCUGAGGACGAAUCUACCUUCUCUGUUGUCAGCAACACUCGCGAUUCUACCAAGACCCGCUUUGGACGUGGAGGACUCGCUCGAGGACGUGGACAACGUGGCGGAAGAGGUGAUACCCGUGGUGGCAGAGGUCAAUUUCAAAGAGUUGGAGGACGGGGCGGGCAACAAGGCUACAACAGUUAUGAUACCCGUGGUGGAAGAGGUGGUGCUCGAGGUGGAAGAAAGUUUGGCUGGAAAGAUUACGACAAGCCACAAAGAAACCGCGAUGCCUCUGUUAACAUUAAGCCUGACUGGAAGAUGUUGGAGGAGAUUGAUUUCAACCGUCUCGCCAAGCUCAAUCUUGAUACCGAUGAUGGAGAAGAUAUUGACAGUUAUGGUUUCCUUUACUACUACGAUCGAUCAUUCGACAAGCAACCUGUCAAGGCUGCUGAAAGAAAGCUCAACGUGGUCGACCGCGCUUCAUACAACGUUACCACAUCCUCAGAUCCCGUUAUUCAAGAACUCGCCGAGAAGGAUGAGGCCACCAUUUUCGCAACAGACAGCAUUCUUUCCAUGCUUAUGUGCUCUCCUCGUUCCGUCUAUCCUUGGGAUAUCGUUAUCGUUCGACAAGGCAACAAAGUGUUCCUCGACAAGAGAGACAACGCUACACUCGAUAUGGUCACCGUUAAUGAGAAUGCUGCUGACGCUCCAAUGGAUGCUUCAGAAGGUAGCAAGGACGCUAUUAACCAGCCAAGUGCUUUGGCUGAGGAAGCUACAUACAUCAACCACAACUUCGCAAAUCAAGUCAUGAAGGAGAGCGAUAGCCAAAAGGUAGAAAUGGAGAACGAGAACCCAUUCUAUAACUCUGCCGAAGAGACCGACCCACCUGCCAGCAAAGCAUACAAAUACCGUAAAUUUGAUCUUUCCUUGAACGACGAAGACCCAGUUCACUUGGUUGUAAGAACUGAGCUUGACGCUGUUUCAAAGAACGCCAUUAGUGGAGAAGAUCAAUUCUUGACUGUCAAGGCUCUCAAUGAAUUCGAUUCCAAGGCACAAGGAAGUGGAGGUGCAUUGGACUGGAGGACGAAGUUGGUCAGUCAACGUGGUGCUGUUGUUGCAACUGAAAUGAAGAACAACAGCUGCAAGCUUGCAAGAUGGACAGUUCAAAGUAUCAUCGCUAAGGCUGAUGUCAUGAAACUUGGAUUUGUUUCCCGUGCCAACCCAAAGCUCAACGAUCGUCAUGUUGUACUCGGCGUUAUUGGCUGGAAGCCACGUGAUUUUGCUUCGCAAAUGAACUUGUCCCUAUCCAACGGAUGGGGUAUUGUUCGUACCAUUGUUGAUAUGUGCUUGAAGCGUGAAGAGGGCAAGUACGUACUUGUCAAAGAUCCUAACAAGCCAAUCUUGAGACUGUACCAAGUCCCAGCUGGUAGUUUUGAGGAUGAUGGAGAACAUGAUGUAAUUGAGGAGAAUGUUGAGGAGGAUGAUUAGAUUAUGUGUGGUUUCACAAAAAAGUUCCAGCGUUCAAUGGUUCUGGGCUGGGCUGGGCUGGGCCUCAUGGAGUUAUGAUAAUGCGCAUAUAACGUAGAUAACCGAUGACAUAUGCUAUAUUUGAUGGGUUCGAGAGAACCUUUUACCUUCAUACCCUCCUUCCAAUAGAUUGCAAUCUGAUCACUUCGCUUGACACAAAGUUCACUAAAUUUGUGAGUAAACGAUUGCAACGAGUAUUAAGCUAACACGCAGGUCAAUUCUCCUUUGUUACGCGGUGCUGAUUAGACUAAACCUUUUGCGGCCAUUGGUAUAGCCAAUCGGAUGUAUUUAUAUUUCAAAGCUUGAUGACCAAGCUAGAGUCUAGAAUAUUAUUCUCACCUCA